AGUUCCCGAGUCUAGCUUCAUCAUAAAGCCACCCAUCUGUAGCUUUUCAUCGCUAAAAGCUACUGAGCUUCACACCCAGAAAGCUAGAAGUCAAUGUGAGACGAUGAAGAACCUCUGCUUCAUUCUUCUCUGCAUCUGUUUCAGCAAACUUUCAUCUGCAGCUGAUACCCUUUCUUCAUCUCAGAACAUCACUGAUGGCAACUCCUUGGUUUCCCCAGGUGGAGUAUUUCAACUGGGUUUCUUCAGCCCAGGCAGUUCCAAAUCCCGCUACUUGGGGAUUUGGUACAAGAACAUCCCAGUCCAUACCGUCGUUUGGGUUGCGAAUCGAGGCACCCCGAUCAACGACUCCUCAGGCCAUUUGAUGAUCAACACCACCACAGGGGCUCUAGUUCUUCUCAACAGCAACAAGACCGUUUUUUGGUCAUCAAAUUCGACGAAACAAACCCAGAAUAUUAGUCCUGUCGUUCAGUUAUUGGACAAUGGCAAUCUUAUUCUCAGAGACGAGAAAGAAGGAGCAAACUCCGAAAGCUAUCUGUGGCAAAGCUUCGACUAUCCGUCGGAUACUUUGUUACCGGGGAUGAAGCUGGGAUGGGACUUGAGAACCGGGCUGAACCGGAGACUGACGGCGUGGAAGAGUCCAGAUGACCCUUCUCCUGGAGACUUCACAUGGGAGAUGCAGCUGCAUAACUAUCCUGAGCCAGCUAUGUUCAGAGCGGGCAAAGAGUUUUUGAGGAGUGGUCCGUGGAAUGGUGUUUUAUUCAGUGGAAAACCGGCAAAGGCGCUACCGGCAUUGAACUUCAGCUUCUUCAUGGAUGAGAAUGAGGUUUACACAACAAUUGGAAUGGUGGACAAGUCAGCAUUAGGGAGGAUGAUGCUGAAUUUAACUGCAGAUUACUACCGCCAGUCGUGGAUUUGGUCUGAAGCAGACCGAAAUUGGACACUCUAUGCAGCAUUUCCUAGGGAUCCUUGUGACAGUUAUGCCAAGUGUGGAGGAAAUGGAAACUGUAUGCUUAGUGCAUCCCCGAUGUGUCAAUGUUUAGACAGGUUCAGGCCUAGAUCAAUGGAGAAGUGGAGCUUAAACAAUUUUUCGCUCGGGUGUGAGCGAAAGACGCCAUUGAGGUGCAAGAAUGAUGGAUUUGUGACUUAUGCUGGGUUAAAAUUGCCCGAUACAACGCAUACUUGGAUCGAUAAAGCUAUGAAUCUCAAGGAGUGCAGGGCCAAAUGCUUGUCUAAUUGUUCUUGUUCCGCGUACACAAACUUGGAUGUCAGAGGAGGAGGUAGUGGUUGUGCAAUCUGGUUUGGUGAUCUUGUAGACUUGAAGCAGAUUCCGGGUGGUGACCAGGAUAUUUACAUUAAGAUCUCUGCUGCAGAACUAGGAGGGAAAGAUAAGAAGUGGAAGAUAGGAGUGAUAGUUGCAUCUGCCGUUGCUGUAAUUCUUGCGAUGUUCUUAUUUGGCUAUUGUUACAUUCUCAAACUCAGACACAGGAAAAGUUUCAAAGGUACUCAAAACAACAUUGAAGAGCAGAAGGAUGAAGACCUGGAGCUGCCAUUGUUCGACUUGUCAACAAUAGAGACUGCUACCAAUAAAUUCUCAAUCAAUAAUAAACUUGGAGAAGGUGGUUUUGGACCUGUGUACAAGGGUACACUAAUAGAUGGAAAAGAAAUUGCAGUGAAGCGGCUCUCAAGAAGUUCUGGACAAGGAAUGAAAGAGUUCAAAAAUGAAGUAAUACUGAUUGCAAAACUUCAGCACCGCAAUCUUGUAAAGCUUCUUGGUUGUUGUAUUCAGGGAGAGGAGAAAUUGCUGAUCUAUGAAUACAUGCCCAACAAAAGUUUAGAUUCCUUCAUUUUUGAUGAAAUGCGAAGAAAAUUGUUAGAUUGGCCUAAGCGCUUCCAUAUUAUUUGUGGAAUUGCUAGGGGGCUUCUCUAUCUUCAUCAGGACUCCAGGCUGAGGAUUAUACACAGAGAUCUAAAAGCGAGCAAUGUCUUGCUUGAUCGUGAGAUGAACCCCAAAAUCUCAGAUUUUGGUCUUGCUAGAACUUUUGGUGGUGACCAAACUGAAGGAAACACAAACAGAGUAGUUGGAACAUAUGGUUACAUGGCCCCUGAAUAUGCUAUUGAAGGGCAGUUCUCAGUAAAAUCUGACGUCUUUAGCUUUGGUAUUUUACUGCUGGAGCUAAUAAGUGGAAAGAAAAGUAAAGGGUUCUAUCACUUGAACCACGACCUUAAUCUUAUUGGAAAUGCAUGGAGGUUAUGGAACGGAGGGCGGCCAUUAGAACUGAUAGAUGAAGGGUUUGGGGAGUCCUGCAACUUAACGGAGGUGUUGCGAUGCAUCCAUGUCAGUCUCUUGUGUGUGCAACAACAGCCUGACGACAGGCCGACCAUGUCAUCUGUAGUUCAGAUGUUAUGUAGUGAAAGUGCCUUGCCUCAGCCUAAAGAACCAGGAUUCUUUUCAGAGAAAGAUUUGGUUGGAGGAGGCUUUCCCUUUCUUAACAACGAAGUGUCUUCUAAUGGAUUAACCAUUUCCCUACUCGAGGCUCGUUAAGGAUCAUUCUAUUGUAUCAUAGAUUUUAUGCAGAAGUUUAUUAUAAAAUUUGUAGUUAGCUAUAGCAGAAGUGUUGUGCUGCAAAUGUAAUAUGUAAACAUAAAAGUGUACCCCACCCUCUAUGCGUGGUUUUUACUUGGGCUUGUCCAAAAUCUACGUUUGAUGUCUCUUUUUUCC